AUGUUUCUGCAGACCCGGGUAGACUUCACUUUCUGCUACAGCUUCCUCCUCAUCUGCUCCAGCGUGCUGCUCAUGUUCGGCUUCUUCUGCAUUUUCUUCCACGACCGCAUUCUGCAGGUUGUCUACGGGUCGCUGGGCGCUCUGCUCUUCUGCAUCUUCCUGGCAGCGGACACACAGCUCAUUCUGGCCAAGCACCGGUACAACCUGAACCCCGAGGAGUACAUCUUUGGCGCCCUGAUCCUCUAUCUCGACUUUGUCAACAUCUUCCUGUACCUCCUGAUGAUCUUCGGGGUCGAGCGUUAGCUCUCCCCAGGGCCCAGCGGCGGGGAGCGGGGCCGUCGACAAAAGCAAGGGAUGCCGCUGCCGGCGGGGUUUGGAGGGUUGGGGGGGAGCUCUACCCGAAACCUAACCCCGCUUCCCUCCCUCGCUUGUCCUCUCCCUCCCUCGCUUGUCCUCUCCCUCCCUCGCUUGUACUCUCCCUCCCUGCAGAGCGAGCCACUCGGCCACAGGGUCCCUCGCUGCCCUGCAAAACAUCUCCCCCAUUACCACCCCGCCGCCCCCCAACCCCGGCUCCUCCCUCUCGAAAGAAGCGACCGCUCGGACAAGCCCUAUUUAUUACAGAGUAAAAUUUUAAUUCGGUUCAACCUGA